AUGCGGAAAAAUUUCAUCGUGAAAGCGAGGAACAGACGGUUUUGGUUUUUCGUGGAGACGAUCUGUCCGAUACUGUUCGUGGUGUUGAUGGUCGUGCCUUCGGUUUUAAUCGAGGAGAAGACGGUUCAAUCGCAAUUUUUUAUAUCGAGGCCUUUGGCAAACGUCGCCUGGGGGGUGACGAGAGGGUUUGAAAGCAUGGACGGAGGUAAAUAUAGAAUCGCGUAUUCGCCGAGCGAAAACGAGGAGGUUAGAAAAGUCGCGAUGAAAGCGGCGCGGCGACUGGUGUGCGAGAAUCAACCGAUUACGUUCGGCGCGGUGGUUUCGGUAAACGCGAAAUACGCUUUGAAAUCAAACAGUCCCGAAGAAGGGAUGAGCGCGAUACCGAACUUGAUCGAAGAUAUUAAUAAUUUGACGAGAUCAAGUGCGAGUGCUUCAAUAGUAGAUGUUUUGAGGGACGUUAUUCCAAAGACGUUUUCUGAACGGGAGGGCGGGAAAGACGUGCCAUUUCUCGCGUGCGACGAUGCAUCCGCUGAGGCGCUUUUGUUUCCCGUAUCGUCCGCGCGGAAAGCGGAGGCUUUAGCGAUGGAUCCGGAGAAUAAGAUAUUGAUGGUUGUAAAUUUGAUCAUGGAUGAUGGCAAAGAUAUUCGCUACGAGAUUCGCGCGAACCAAACUUCCGGGAUUGCCUCCGGAAAGACGAUAUUGUCCGGAGCCUCGAGCGCCCAGAAUAAUAAAAAUCGAAAUUCGCCCUUUGCGCACCCGUUUCAAAAGUGGGUCAACGGCGUCAACUACGAGUGGACGAAAUAUUACGCGUAUGCGAACGUACAAAGCGCGUUCAAUCGAGCGUUUUUUGAGUAUUUUGCGGAAAGAGAAGGGAUUUUGAAUGCUACCGCGCGCAACCUCACGUCGAUCAAUAUUAAAGCGUCCGCGUUCCCAGAGCACGAUACGAACAUCGCCGCGACAAUUUCGAGCGCCUUCUUCUCCUUAGCGUUCGUCUUUGCCUUCGCCGUUCCACUUUCCAGCAUUGCAAAGUCGACUGCCUAUGAAAGCGUAAAUAACCUUCGUUUACAUCAAGAACUGCUCGGUUGUUCUAAAUCUACGUAUUGGUUGUCUUGGUUUAUGGCGCAUUACGCGCCGUUGUUCUUAGUCUCGGGGUUUAUAUCUUUAGUUGGCAAACGCGCGUUCGUAUCUAUCGACGCGUCUAUUGUGUUCGGAUUUUUCAUCGUAUGGUCUGCGCAACUCGUCGCGUUUGGUUUAUUCGUCUCCGCCUCGGUUGGAUAUUUGUUGCAAAAACUCGCGAGAGAGGAUGGGACGUCUAGGUCGAACAACAGCUCCUCGACGGCGUCCGUCGCGUCUCUGGUGAGCGUGUUCGUGUACGUCGUCACGUGGGUUUCGGGCGUUACAGCGACGACAAAGCAUCCAGAUGGAAGUGUUAGUUGGCUUUACGCAUGUUUUCUCUCCCCGGCGAGCGCGUUGCACGUGUUUGGCGAAAUUGUGAGCGCGUGCGAGAGACACGGCAGCUCGAUGUCGUGGAAGACGUUCGCCGACGACGAUAUGUACCACGACGUCACCGCGAGAGGCGUGUAUUUUGUCGCGCUCGUAAAUUGGAUGGUGUUUGCAAUCUUUUUGCGCGCGUUUUUCAUACGCGGAGGGUGUCAAAAUGUGAGAUCAAAAUACGUUCUGAUGACAAGCGAUAACGCCGCGAGUGACGAUGCCAUUCGAGCGACGAACGUGACAAAACGCAUUUUAAGAAACGUUAAUUUUCGCGCGAAGAAAUCCAGCGUCUGCGCAUUACUCGGACACAACGGUGCUGGAAAAACCACUUUAGUGUCCGUGUUAGUUGGUCUUGAGUCUAUAAACGAGCAAACGAAAAUUGAAACGUCCGGUGAAGUUGGUUUUUGCCCGCAGUUUGACUUUUUGUGGCCGCAACUCACCGUUCGCGAACACUUGCGGUUGCGAUUGGCGUUUUCCUCGAAAAGUCGGAGAGCAAGGAAUAACGACGAAGAAGAGGAGAAUAUUCCCUCCUCUGAACCGAUUCUCAUCCAGACGCUCGCCUCCAAACUCGCCAUCUCGAAUAAGCUCGACGAACAAAUCUCCACGCUUUCCGGCGGACAAAAAAGGAAAGUUUCGCUUUUGUUGUCGCUUUUGAACUCCUCGAUUGCUAUUCUCGAUGAACCGACGGCAUCGAUGGAUCCAGUCUCCAAACGUUUGGCGUGGAAGUUGAUCUCGGAGUUUACGAAAUCAGAUUCUGCAAAUAGCGUUGUUUUAGCCACGCAUCACAUGGACGAAGUUGAGGCGUUAGCGGACGAUUUGGUCAUCUUGCAUAACGGCCAAUCCGUGAUUGAAAGCGUUUCGGUGGAAGAGAUGAAAAAAAUGCACGGCGGUGGUGGAGAUGAACCGUCGCUGGAAAAGGCGUUUCUUAAUUUCAUCGCAAAAGCUAAAGAAGAGGAAGGCGAGGAGGAUGAUAUCAUCUUACCUUUGGAAGAGGUAGGAGUAGCGGCGGCAACCAGCGGAGACAUCGACAACAACGACGACGAGAAGACUACGAAAACGAGGAGAGCUUUGCGACAAGUUCAGGCAAUUUUACGCGCGCGAUAUUUAGUCUGGAAGCGUCAGCCGUUGUUUGCGCUAUUUGCCAUCCUUAGCUGCGCGAUAUUUUUCACCAUCGGCCUUUCGUUGGCAAAAUCCGGUUCGUCGGCGAAUGGUUCAUCUGCGCUAAGUUCGAGCGAAUACGCCGAAGAGAUGACGCCGUCAACAUUUCUCGGAAAGAGCAAACCCUUGUUUACCAUAUCUGAAUCGUCUCGUCCGUCGCGUCAGCGACAAAUGGCAUCGCUUCCUAUGACUUUCUAUGCUGCCGUUCGAACGACGCCGCGCUCGGUCACAAAACAGUACGAGUGUCAAAGAAAUUCUUUCCUCUUGCCUGUAUGCGGCAAUAUUUCGGCGUGUGCCGAAAAUUUUGAGUGCACGAGUGAAAUGAACAUCGAAAGCACCAUCGAUUACGAAUUGAUGAGACAGGCUGAAUUUACCGCGACGCGUUCAUGCGGAUCGCAAAAAUUUCCUUCUCCGUGCGCGUUUUACUACCUCGACUCGACGACGAAUACGAUGACCAUCGCUACCUCACCCACCGCGUACCACGCGAUUCCAUCUGCGUUGGGCUUACUCGACGAGUCUAUUUUUGCGAGCGCGUUCAGAGAGAAAGGUCUGACCUUGACAGCAAUUAACGAUCCGUUACCUUUGAGUGAAAGUGAAUCUGUGUCCUCGAACGCGUUUUCGCACCAGUCCAUGUCCUCUACGUUCGUGGCAAUGUGCGCAGUCCUUGGAUUAAGUAUAGCGUCGGCUAUACUCACACCAACGCUCGUUCGAGAGAGGACUUUAGGAUUUAAGCACGCGCUCCUAUGUGCGGGACUGUCGAAUAAAGUGUAUUGGCUCGGAACGGCGACCUUUGAUUUCAUUUCGAAGACGUUUCCCGCUUUGCUACUUUCGUUCAUCAUGUGCCUCGCUUUACGCGAAGAGGAAAUAGACGUUUCUUCCACAAGAUACGCAGAAACAUUGCUUUUUGCAUCCAUCGCGUUUGCGUUUCAAACGACGCCGAUUGCGUACUUAUCGUCGUUGUUUUUCUCUGACGACGUGUCUUCUUUUGCUACGCAAGCGGCCAGUUCCUUCUCUGUUGCGGUAUUGUCUUUUAUCGCGUCUGUCGUGUUGGAUGGUCUGGCGUUAGCCGGAGAAGAUGUUUCCGUGGUGUGGGAUGUUGUUUCUGUUAUCUUUUGCGCGUCGCCGCAAUACAGUUUCGCUCGUAUAUUUUACAACCUUUCUCGACGAGAACACGCCAUCCCUCGAUUCGAGGAGAAGCGCGAAGGAGAGGAAGAAGAAGAAGAAGGUGUCGGUUUCUCGAUAUUGCUUCCGGAUACGAAAACGUUCCUGGAAUGGGAAAAUAGCGGAAGAGAGUUCUUAUUGAUGUUUGUUUUCGGUCUCUUCUAUUGGUUUGUUUUCGUUGCGUUGGAAUGGCGAACCGCGAAACGCAUCGAAAACGCUUUUGAAAAAGAUACGAGAGAAGAUGAAUGCGAUAUGAACGAUGGAGCGUUGACUGUGAUGAAAUUAAAAAAGCAGUAUCGCAAAGACCAAGCGCCGUCGGUCGAUUCUAUAUCGUUCAAGGUUUCCGCGAAAGAGGCGUUCGCGUUGUGUGGCGUCAACGGAGCCGGCAAGACGACCUCGUUCGCUAUGCUCUCUGGCUUACUAUCGAAAACGAACGGCUACGUUCGAUGGGCGAGCGCGACUACGUCUUUUGGCUAUUGCGCUCAAACAAACGGCGUGGAAGAUUUUCUCACGCCACUCGAACAUCUCGAUUUGUUCGCUUCCGUCGUCACGUCUGCAACAACUUCUUCCUCCUCUUCUUCUCCUUCGCUGUGGUGUGAACGUUUUCAAUCGCUACAAAAGCACAAAAUCGUGCUCGCGAAAAACUUGAGCGGCGGUGCGAAGCGAGAACUGUGCGUUGCAAUCGCCCUUUCCGUCGCCGAAGCUGCGAAACAAACGGUCUCUCCCUCUCAUCAUCCAUCGUUAGUUUUACUUGACGAGCCUACUGCGGGCGUGGACCCGUAUGCGAAAACAAAGCUUUGGAAGGCUGUGGAAAACGUUAUGAACUCCAAUCAAGGCGCCGCGGUCGUCAUCACUUCCCACGAUGUCUUCGAAUGCGAAAAAGUCUGCGCCUCCGUCGGGUUACUCCGCGACGGCAAGUUCCUACUUUGUGGCAACACCUCCGACAUCAAAAAAGAGUUUUCCAACGAUGCGUUUGCGUCAUCCUCGUUAGAAGACGUCUUCAUCGCCGUUGUCGAACGGGAAGAAGCAUUGGAAGCGUUUUCUCAAUCCAAUGAUGAUAACUAA